UCGGUAGACAGCCCGAUUGAGCCGCCAUGUUGUCGGAGUGAAAGCCAGGGAAUCGGAGAGUUCUGGGGCUGAAAUCCGUUACCAUCCACCCACUCCGCCUGUGCUGGUGGAAUGAGCGUUGCCUGUGUGUUGAAGAGAAAAGCAGUGCUCUGGCAGGACUCCUUCAGCCCCCACCUCAAACAGCCCCCCCUCGAGACCAUCCAUCCCAGCAUGCCCGUGGUGCUGACGACAGGAUCGGGAGCCCCCACCGCGGGGCAGACCCCUCAGGCCGCGCCCCCUAGCCAGGCCCUCCCCGGGGGAGUGCACUCCGGCCAGGCGCCCAGCGGGGCGGGGGGAGCGGGACGCUCCCAAGACGAUGCCAUGGUGGACUACUUCUUCCAGCGGCAGCACGGGGAUCAGCCCGGGGUCGGCUACAACAACGGGAAACACCGCUGGCCUACAGGAGACAACAUCCACUCUGAUAACCAGGUGCGGUCGAUGGAUGAGCUCAACCACGAUUUCCAGGCCCUGGCCCUGGAGGGGAGAGCCAUGGGAGAGCAGAUCCUCCCAGGGAAGAAGUUCUGGGAUUCAGAUGACUCCAGUAAAGAUGGACCAAAGGGGAUUUUCCUGGACCAGUGGCGAGACAGCGCCUGGGGAGCCUCAGACCACUCGGUGUCUCAGCCCAUCAUGGUGCAGCGCCGGCCGGGCCAGAGCUUCCACGGCGGCAGCGAGGUGGGCUCGGUGCUGUCCCCGCGCUCGGAGAACGGAGGGCUGGGCGUCAGCAUGGUGGAGUACGUGCUCAGCUCCUCCCCGGCCGAGAAGCUGGACUCCUGUCUGCGCAAAGGAGCCUUUGGGCCCCGGGACCCCGAGUCCGAGGAUGGAGAGAAGAGGGAGAAGGCCAAGGCCUCCUUCGAUGCUGACAAGCUCAAGGAGCUGAAGGAGACGGAGAGCGACGUCAUGGACAACCCCAACGGCCUCCCUGUGCAGAACGGCAUGGACGUGGACGUGAAGGAUUUCAGCCGCACCCCCGGAAACUGCCCCCUGCCAGGGGCAGAGGUGGAUCUGCUGGGGGCCGGGCAGGGCCCCUCAGAGGGCCUGUCCCAGCUGGCAAGCAGCAACGGGCCCAAGCCGGUGGAGGACUUCGGUAGCGUGGAGUCCCAGAGCGUGCCCCUGGAUCACAUGGAAUCUGUAGGCAUGGAGCCACUGCAGUUUGAAUACCCCACCAAUCAGAUGCCCAUGGACUCGGCUGGUGCCGCUGUGGGGCUGUUUGACUACAACUCCCAGCAGCAGCUGUUCCAGAGACCCAACGCGCUGGCGGUUCAGCCUCUCACCGCUGCCCAGCAACAGCAGUACGCCUUGGCAGCUGCACAGCAGCCCCACAUUGGUCUGGCCCCUGCCUUUGUCCCGAACCCUUACAUCAUCAGUGCUGCCCCCCCUGGUACCGACCCGUAUGCUGCGGGUCUGGCUGCGGCCGCCACUCUGGGCCCAGCGGUGAUGCCCCACCAAUAUUACGGGGUGACCCCCUGGGGCGUGUACCCGGCUAACCUCUUCCAACAGCAGGCCGCUGCAGCUGCAGCCUCUAACUCGGCCAAUCAGCAGGCGGCGGGGCAGAGCCAGCAGAACCAGCAGCAGGUCAUGCGUGCAGGAGGAAACCAGCGACCUCUGACCCCCAACCAGAGCCAGCAAGGGCAGCAAACCGAGCAGCUGGUGGCGGCGGCCGCUGUGAACUCCGCCCUGGCGUUCGGGCAAGGACUGGCUGCAGGUGUUCCUGGUUACCCAGUCCUAGCGCCGACUGCCUACUAUGACCAGACGGGGGCGCUGGUGGUGAACACGGGGGCUCGCAGCGGCCCCGUCCGUUUGAUGGCUCCUGCUUCUGUUAUCAUCAGUCCCACUGCCGCGCAAGCUGUGGCGGCAGCCGCGGCCUCGGCCAAUGGGGCGACUGGCGGUCUGGCGGGCGGUGCUAACGGGCCGUUCCGGGCUCUGGGCUCCCAGCAGCCGCAGCCCCAGCAGCAGCCAGGCGGCAGCAUGGCCUCCAGCUCCUUCUACGGCAGCAGCUCCAUGAGCUCCAGCUCCCAGAGCAGCUCCCUGUUCUCCCAGGGCUCAGCCCAGCCGGGCAGCACCUCGCUGGGCUUCGGCGGGGGCGGGGGCUCCUCCUCCCUGGGGGCCACGCUGGGAGCCACGCUGGGAGGUUUCGGGACUGCGGUUGCCAAUUCGAACACGGGCAGCGGCUCCCGGCGAGACUCCCUGACCAGCAGCUCUGAGCUGUACAAGCGCACGCCCAGCAGCCUCACUCCCAUUGGACACAGCUUCUACAACGGCCUGGGCUUCUCCUCAUCCCCCGGACCCGUGGGCAUGCCCCUGCCCAAUCAGGGCCCCAGCCACUCUCUGACACCGCCCCCCUCUCUGUCGACCCAUGGCUCCUCCUCCAGCCUCAACUUGGGAGGCCUGACCAAUGGCAGCGGGCGUUACAUCUCGGCGGCCCCGGGAGCGGAGGCCAAGUACCGGAGCGCGAGCAGCGGCUCCAGCCUCUUCAGCCCCAGCAGCCAGCUCUUCCCAUCGUCACGGUUACGCUACGGCAUGUCCGACGUCAUGCCCUCGGGCCGCAGCCGGCUGCUGGAGGACUUCCGCAACAACCGCUACCCCAACCUGCAGCUGCGCGAGAUAGCCGGCCACAUCAUGGAGUUCUCCCAGGACCAGCACGGGUCCAGGUUUAUACAGUUGAAGCUGGAGCGUGCCACCCCGGCGGAGCGUCAGCUGGUCUUCAGUGAGAUUCUGCAGGCCGCCUACCAGCUCAUGGUGGAUGUCUUCGGGAACUACGUCAUCCAGAAGUUCUUUGAGUUCGGCAGUCUGGAUCAGAAGCUGGCGCUGGCCGAGCGGAUCCGCGGCCACGUCCUGUCUCUGGCGCUGCAGAUGUACGGCUGCAGGGUCAUCCAGAAGGCCCUGGAGUUCAUCCCCUCUGACCAGCAGGUCAUCAGCGAGAUGGUGCGAGAGCUGGACGGUCAUGUGCUGAAGUGUGUGAAAGACCAGAACGGGAACCACGUGGUGCAGAAGUGCAUCGAGUGUGUCCAGCCCCACGCCCUGCAGUUCAUCAUCGAUGCCUUCAAGGGCCAGGUGUUUGCUCUCUCCACCCACCCCUACGGCUGCCGUGUGAUCCAGCGCAUCCUGGAGCACUGCCUACCCGAGCAGACCCUGACAAUACUGGAGGAGCUGCACCAGCACACCGAGCAGCUUGUGCAGGACCAGUACGGAAAUUACGUCAUCCAGCACGUUCUAGAGCACGGCCGCGCUGAGGACAAGAGCAAGAUCGUGGCGGAGAUCCGGGGGAACGUACUGGGACUCAGUCAACACAAAUUCGCCAGCAACGUGGUGGAGAAGUGCGUGACCCACGCCUCGCGGGCGGAGCGCGCCAUGCUGAUCGACGAGGUGUGCAGCAUGAACGACGGGCCCCACAGUGCCUUAUACACCAUGAUGAAGGACCAGUACGCCAACUACGUGGUGCAGAAGAUGAUCGACGUUGCCGAGCCCACACAGCGCAAGAUCGUCAUGCACAAGAUCCGGCCCCACAUGGCCACUCUGAGGAAGUACACGUACGGGAAACACAUCCUGGCCAAGCUGGAGAAGUACUAUAUGAAGAAUGGAGUGGAUCUGGGGCCUAUCUGCGGGCCCCCAAACGGCAUCAUGUAAACCCCCUGACUCCACUCUCCUCUGUUUCCUCCUCCUCUUCCUCCUUCCCCGUCUUCACCCCUCAGAACACCAGAGAGCUGGGUUGACCUGCACGGGCCACCCCAACCCCUCCCGACCCCCCCCCC